AUGUCGCCACAGCAGAAGCACGACGGCCUCAGCCGGAGCCGCGCGUCGCUCACGGGGGACACGAGGAGCAUCGGACCGGCAGAAAGCAAAAGGCGGGUGAAGUCAGUGAGCCAUCGUCGACAGUCAGCCCCCUCGCUGGUCAUCACCAAGGCUCUCAGCAGGUCAAAGACUGUUUCCAGAGAGAGCUUCCCAGUCCCCGUGUCCCCCGAGACCUGCCCGCUGGUCCAGUCCUUCCUGACCUGCUCCGAUCGAUCGUUUCUGCUCCACGGCCAAGCCCAGCUGAAGACGGGACUGCAGACCCAGGAGAGACACCUCUUCCUGUUCAGUGACGUACUGGUCAUCGCUAAGGCCAAGUCAGCCAGCCACUUCAAGCUGAAGGCCCAGGCCUGUCUGUGUGACAUGUGGAUGGCGGGCUGCAUGGAGGAGGUGUGUGAGGGCAGCACCAGCCCAGAGAGGAGCUUUGUCAUGGGCUGGCCGACCUGCAACUGUGUCGCUACCUUUAGCUCUGCAGACCAGAAGGACAGCUGGCUCUCCCUCCUCAAAAGCCGAAUUAAGGAAGAGAAGGACAAGGAUGAGCCCAAGACCAUCCCUCUGAGAGUGUACGGGAAAGGCCUUAACACCUCAGCUCUUACCAAGACCGUCCCUGUUAGCAACUCAGAUUCAGCCAACGAGGUGGUCCGACUGGCCCUGCAGCAGUUUGGCAUCGCAGGCACCGUGAGAGACUACCAGCUGUGGGUCGUCUCCAAGCGGGACAACACUCCCUAUCCACUCAUCGGUCACGAGUUCCCCUUCAGUAUCCAGAUGAGUCACGUCAGGGAUCGGCUGCCUCAGGCCGGCGGUAAUAUGGACGCUCUGCUACUCCCAGUUCGGCAGCCAAGCCAGCAGGCAGAGCAGCUGCAGGGGGACAAGCAGUGCCAGUUCAUCCUGAAACCCCGGCCCACGGCCACAGCACAACAGGACGUAUCCAUGGAGUCGUCCCAGAAGCCCUUUAAAAGGAGGCGCUCCCUCAUUAACUGGGCCUUCUGGCGAGGCUCCUCCCCGCAGCUCAACGUGUCCGCCAUGUCGCUGGCCUGCCCCGCCCCCGGGUGUCUGUUCGGCAAGCCCCUCGCUGCUGUGUGCCAGGACGACGCUCUUCCCAAGCAGAUCAUGGACAUGCUGGUGUUUCUAUACCACGAGGGCUCGUGGACGCGAGGCAUCUUCCGCCGCUCAGCCGGGGCGCGAGCUGUGAGGGAGCUGCGGGACUCUCUGGACGCUGGAGCGCUGGAACUCCCUCUGACCCGAGACCACGUCUUUAUUAUCGCUGGGGUCUUUAAGGACUUCCUGCGUAGCCUGCCAGGUGGGCUGCUGUGUUCUGAUCUCUACAAGGAGUGGAUGGACGUACUGGACGAAGAGGAGGAGGAGGAGGAAAUACAGGUGCAGGGUGUACAGAGGCUGAUUGGUCGUCUGCCUAAAGAGAAUGCGUUGCUGCUGCACUACCUGAUUGCUAUGCUGCAUGGGAUCCACAGCAAUGCAUAUGAAAACCAGAUGACCAGUUUCAACUUAUCAGUGUGUAUUGCGCCCAGCGUGCUGUGGCCUCCUGGACUUUACAGUCCUGAAGUUGAAGGCGUGGGGGCUAAGAAGGUGUGUGAACUGGUGAAGUUUAUGAUCGACAACUGUCACCAGGUUCUGGGAAAGGAUCCCACUACACUCUUUAAUGGGCCCCCACAAAGACACAGUUCUGAGGAGAUAGGAUCUGAUACUUGGCUGUGUACUUUGACUGACUCAUCCUAUGAAAGCCUAGAGAAUGAGCUAGAUGACAGUAGCCCUGGAUCGCCAGCUGGGUUAUCAGCUCUCUGCAUCAACAAGGGACGACGUAGAACCAAACAUCUGCAGGGCAGCCUGGAAUCCAUCCUUACCCUCAGCGAUUAUGACCAAGACAAUAACAUGGACACAAGCACCCAAGUUGGCAACCAGCACCCAGCCACAACUCUGUCCUGCUCUAGCCAGGGUACACCAUCCAUGGGCACUCUGACCUGCAGGAAUCCCACAUCAAUAGAGGGUCCCUAUAGACAGCGUAGGUGUUCAGAGCCAGCAAUAGCAUACGUGAAUGAAUUUAAGGUGUUUUGUCAAGGCAGCACUGAGGAUCUGUCUGAGGAGGAUGAGGAUGAUGAAGGGGAACUUUCCAGGGUACCUAGCUGCCACAAACACCAUCGCACACAAUCUCAGGGUCAGAACUGGAGGAGUUAUUUUAAAUCAGAGUUGGGUCUGCAUGGUAGGACAUCACGAACUUUAGAAGCUAGCUCCCCCAGCCUCUCAUCUCCUCCUACCUCCCCUGCCCCCAUGCACUCCUCCCUUGACUCGCUUGAUUCUCUCCAUUCCCACAGCAGUGAACAAACCUGCCAAACCAGACAUCGAUUAUGCCCUGCUAAGGUACAAGCCCCCUUGGCUUACCCCUCUUCCUCCUUCUGCUCCACCUCCUCCUGUGUACCACCCGACUCCACCCGAGAUACCACCCGAGAGGCUGCCCCAGGCCCUAGUGUAGAUCUUGAUGAUAAGACAUGCCCAAAAUGUUUCCCACCCAAGGAACAUUUGUCUUGGGGUAGCUUAAUAGGCUGCAGGGUUGUCCACCCCAAUACCUGGCUGAAGAAAGACCGGAGGCUGUCACUGACGUCACAAGACAACUUGGAGACUGAGGAGGAGGAGGACAGAACUGAGGGAGGAUCCAUUAACAAGACUCUCGCUAACCGAAAAGUAGAUCCUGAGAAAGGGCAGCCAGGGGAAAAAGCAGGAAGAAUACAAAUAUCCAUGGGCCACUCCCGAUCCAAACCAUCCAGCAGCACCGCAAAAGAAGGAGUAGGAAGGCAGGCAAGGAGAAGCACAGUUCAAGAUUCCCUCAGGUCUCCACCUCCCAAACAUAAUUCCUCUAGCUCUGCUGACGACCACUUCAUCAUGAGCCUCCAGUACCCCAACUCUCCCCGCUUGUGGCCCUCUGACUCACAACUAACAGUUUCUGAGCUCAGAAACAUCCACACUAAGGCCUUCCUUCAGCAUGCCAAGACAGGAAAUCAUAUCAGCAAACAGGAGGAAGCAGUGGGAAGUGAUAAAUAUGACCUAAACCAGCCAACUCAGGCUGCAUUCUACAGGCAGAACAGGCCUACCUUGUCCCUAUUCAGACAAAACAAACCCCACUCUACCCCCUCAGAGGAGAAAAGCAAAGCUUGGAUCUCUCAACGACGAGCCUCAGAGCCUGGGCCACUACAGCUAGGAGAGGACCAAGCUUCUGCAGUCCAUAUGGAGAAGUUUUCCAGAUCAACCGUCCGUCAAAGACUCCCUAGUGACCCAGGGCUGAAGGUGUCUGAUGUGGAUUUGCAUGGAGAGCGAAACACAGAACCCCGUUUCUGCCUCUCACCCAGUGCUACUAAAGCAGUGAAGGACUACUUUUUGUCCCACCCACGAAGUAAUCCUCAGAGCAGCAAGCAGGUAGCACUAGCCCUGGUUGAAAGUAGAAGAGAGUGGCUCAGGAGAUGCAGCGAUCCGAUGACAGAGAAAGACUUUGACCAGCUUCUGUUUACUGAGGAAUCAUUUGUCUGA